GUGGUGAUGUGCCGGCUGGAGGAUCUGGACUACGCGUAGACUGUUGGACACUGUGGUUGCCGUGCAGCGUUCGGACUUUCUUGUCAUUUUGAAUCGUUGUUUGGAUGUAUUUCUUCUUGGCGAAGACUCGAGGGACGGAGCUGUUAAAUGCGCUCCGUGCGUAACGGAGGAAAUCUGCUCAAGCAGCUGUUUGAAUGACAGUAGUUUUUGAUCCUUAUCUGUUUAAGGGAGCCUAAUUAUUUAAAGUGGCUGCGCAUGGUAAGUCACCGUCUCGGGUGAAACUCAAGAGGUGUUGAUUUCUAAAUACUGACAGGUGUUGCAGUCAUUGGCACUGUGUUAAGUCACAGUGUGCUUUUUUUUGUGAUUUAAAACACCACAGACUCGUAAGGUUGGGUAUGCUAACCAAACCUUUGGUAUGGAUGAUCCACAGAUUUAAUCCAGUUUUUUUUUACGCCCCCAACACUCGGAGGAAACGCACAUUGUAACUGACAAACCUUAUAAUGCGUUUGAAACGCCGGAUGGGAAAGUAACAGUCACUUUUCUUAUUCCCGAGUUGUAGCCGUUUUGGCAGCAGCCAAAAAAAUGACAAGCAACGGACCUGUCAUCGUCUACGAGUGGCUGAAGACCCUCCAGCUCUCCCAGUAUGUCGAGGCGUUCGUGGAUAAUGGAUAUGACGAUCUGGAGGUUUGCAAACAAAUCGGAGACCCCGACUUGGAUGCCAUCGGCGUCUACAUCCCUCACCACCGGCAGAGGAUUCACGACGCGGUGAGGAGGCUGAAGGAGGAAGCCAAAGAGACGGCCAGUGGACUCUACUUCACCCUUGAGCCGAUGCCACCCGCAGCAGAGAUUUACACCGGGCACAUGGUGGAGUACGAGUCCAAACUGCGGGGCUCCAAGUCCUGGACCGAGCCCAACAGCGACCGGGUUGGGCGUAACGGUGGGUACAUGGGCGCGCAGAGGAACCUGACGCUGGGCAACAGGAGGGAGCUGGUGAUUUACCCCAAGCUGAAGCUGAAGAUCAUGAUUAGGGAUAAACUCAUCAGAGAUGGCAUCAACCUGGCCAAGCCGCCCUACUCUAACAAGGUAAGAGGGACCAACUGGUUCAUGGCACCAAAAGCACCCAUCACCUGCCAACAGACAUGCAUGACAACCAGUGGAUGA